AUGGCAGUCCUGAACGUGCGGAUGCGACAAACGGGCGAAGACGUCUCACGAUGGCACCGGGCCGACAUCAGCCUCGACCCUAAUCAGGUAUUUCUUGACGAUUCCAUGGAAACGCAGUUCUCUCACAAGUUCAAUUGUGAUCUCAGGUUGGCGACCGAUUACGCCACAGCACCGGGGUGCCCAGAUGCCAGCAUCAGGCACAUCUUGGCUAGAACCUCAACUUUGAGUGAGUCUGCAUCAGAUCUGGAUCAGAUUUUAUCUCAAGCCGGGCUAGCGCCAGCUUUAUCGGCAGAACUCAUUACAGCGGGAUGGACCCGGGCGACUUUCGGCAUGAGUUCACCUCAACUGGCAGAUUUAGAAAAUCAUUGGGCUGAUUUGUUCCCGGAUCGGGAACUGACCUUUCUGGAGAAAGCUCAGAUGCGAGUAGCUUGGCAAGCUUGUCGAGACGAGCAAAAUUCAGAGGAGGCAUCCCUGGGAAAUCCUCCAGUUCCUCCAGUGGCAUCCACGCCAACGGAACCACCUAGCAGCUGGACGGAGACAUUUGCUCUGAAGCUUUCAUCAACAGUGGUGACAGCCAUGAAAGCCAAGUUCCUCAGUUCAUACCCGUCAGAAAUUCUGACACAGGAUACACUGCCAAGCCUCCGGCUAUUGUCGCAGGUCCACUAUCAGCUACGGAAAAAAGAGGUCAAAUGGAUCCCACGGAAGUAUCGCUUGAGCCAAUCUCGAGCUGAAGUGACAACGGGCCGGGGCUCCAAACAACCACGUUUGGAAGGGUUAUCAUUGCACAGUUUGAUCUAUGACGAGCCCCCCUCAAUAGAGGUCUCCAAUCAAUCUAUGGGCGUGAACGCGGUGCGGUCGAUCUUCGACCUCUUCAAUGUGGCGGUUGCGCUGGCAGAAGGGGCUCAUCUUGCUCACCUCAAGGCAUACAGCCUAAAAUUUUUGGGCUAUUUGACACAGAAGUACGACCCCGACACCGGGUUGAGAACUCCAUCCAUCAUGGAGGCCCAAGCAGCCGACAAACACCUUUGGUUCCUGAUUGGGGAAUUGUUCGUGGACAAAAACUGGUCCCUUGACCAGGCCUUGCAUGAGAUGACUUACAUCAGGAGUGAUAUGGCAAUGUUGUUACAAGCUCGGCCCCGCAUGAAUAAACCUGCAGCUCUUCCUGUGAAAGGCAGCAAUCGACCCCUCUCCAAGGCCAUUUUGGCACAGGGAGGAGAUGUUUGCUCAGUGGAUAUUUUACUCUGCCAGGACUACGACCUGCUCAACAACUGGUUCAAGAAGAACUUCGUCAAGGAUGGGUAUUUGAGUUUCCUGGGCACAGCAAUUCCAAUCGGGGGCACCUUGGUUGAAGUGCGCCAUCGCAAAGUGUACUCACUUGAGGACGUUAGACAAAACAAGCGGUUGCAUGUGAUGCCGUGGGAUUUGAAGCUGAAGAGCCCCAUGAGUGUUUCAGCAGAUGCCUUGGCCCUACCGUCAUGGAGAUCCAGGAUGCCACCUAUGCCGCACUUUGCAGGUGAAGUGGCGUCUGAGGUGGAGUCUGCGAUGAUCGAAGACUCUUUCACUAAGGUUGGGUUGAGGGCAGUGAGCGCAUCUGACCAGAGGCUGUGGCAAGACCGUUUGAGCUGGGAGCGCAAAUGUGCUUGCAAGAAGUGGUGCUCUUUGAUCCUUAUGAAGCUCAGCGCAUGGGCUAUUGGACGAACUGUGGCAGCUGGCAGUGGGGUCCAGUACGCCUGUGGUGGGCUCAUGGAAUCUGUGGUGGACUCUUUGGCUAGCCGUGCCACGGCAACUUUGCAUUGCAGAGCUGGUCCAUUGCUGAAAUUUGCCAAGUAUUGGCGUGACAGGGGUGUGGAGUUUUUCCCCAUCCAAGAGGACAUGGUGUACCAGUACAUCAAGGCGCAAACUGGCUGGGCUCCUACGGUCCUACAGUACAGUGAUGGCUUGCAAUUGGGUGAUUUGCACAUUGAUGCACAUGAAACUGGAGCGGGGGUGACUGGGUUCUUGGAGAUGGGGGGUGGCUGGUCCAUGAUGCCGCUUUCCGUUGGAGCUGCGGCGGAUUGGCUGCGCUCGUUGGUGAAAGCAGAGAGCACGUCAAAGGAUAGAUUGGCAACGCACUCCUGCAAGGAUGGUGAAUCAGAUGCAGACUCCAGCAGGGGUUCGGCGUCAGAAGAGGAAGGGAAUCCAGAUGAGGAUGAGGCAGUGGUAUCUGAACUGGUUGGUCAUUGGGCCCCGCCUACAACUGGCACAGCGGAGCAGCGGUACGCCAGACACAGUGUUUGUCACCUCAAGCGGGGUGCGGCGAGUUAUGAACUUAAGUUAUUCAACGAGAGUUAUGCCAAUGUUGCAGCAGACAUUGAGUCGCAGGUCAAACAGACUGAUGAAAGUGUUUCAAGGAAGCUUGCACCAGCAGAGCGUGCAGAACGUUUGAAGCUUCAGCAGGCAAAGCUUUCUGGUUUGUCGUUUAGAGGACUAGCACUGGACCAGGCAAAUAUCAUGGAAUAUGAAAACCAUGACAAACUUACUGAACUGUUGCUGGAAGUUCGCAUGCAAGCAUUUGCAGGGGUCUUCAACAGUGCAGAGUUUCGACAUUUGUUGCAACCUCGCAUGAAUCAAGGUCGCAAGCGACGAUCUGAGGUUGGACAAAGCAGUUCAACAAAGUUGAAGUUGGAUGCAACAACCCAGAAGCAGUGGGAUGUUGCGUCUACUGCCCAAGACAGCCAAGCUGCGCUGACCGAGGAUAGUGGCAUGGAUGAUUUGUCUAAGACAGAUUCAGCUGAUGGCAUUUUGCAAGGCGGUGAUGCCGAUGAUGCAAGUAAUUCAUUCAACUUUGAGACGAGCCCUUCUGGUUUUCAGGGUACACCUAUUUUUAUUGAGGCUUGUGCUGGAUGUGGUAUUUUGAGUUCAGUUGUGCAACAACGUGGAUUCCAGGUGAUCCCAAUAGAUUGUCCGCGAAACAGGCACACUCCAAAGUGCCGCUUGGUGGUGAUGGAUCUUACAUCACCUCAUUCUGACCAGCUGUUGAGACGAAUAGUGGAUGACUAUCAAGUGGCAGGUGUGCAUAUCGCCCUUCCUUGCGGCACGUGCUCCAAGGCACGUGGCAUCCCACUUCCAAGCGGGGCUCCGGGCCCUCCUCCUUUACGUGAUAUGGAACAUUUGCAUGGGCUUCCAAAUCUGACUGCGGUGCAACAGACUAAGGUUGAUGCAGCCAAUCGACUAUAUAAAUGGGCUGAUGAGUUUAUACGUUUUCUGCACUCCAAGAACGUGCCCUGGACCAUUGAGAACCCAUCAAAUUCAUGGUUGUGGGAGUUGCCUGAGAUGAGUUUUGCAAUUGCACAUGGACACUUUGUCCACCUACAUGCGUGUGCAUAUGGAGGUGAACGGAAAAAGAAGACAUCUUUUCUUUGCAGCGAAGCUGAGUUCAUGGUUUUGGAGAAAUUUUGUGACGGUACUCACCCCCAUAAAGAGUGGGGGUACGACUUUGACAAGGGCGAGUUCAACACUGCCAAGGAAGCUGAGUAUCCAAAGGCCCUGCGUGAGCAAUAUGCAAAUGUGUUGGAACGACUGGUUUUUGGUUCCAAUUUUCAGCGAGCGACAAUAGACAGGCCUGAAAAGGUACGACCUCAACAGCAAGCAAAGGGCCGCGCUCUGCCACAAAUUAUUCCUGAAUUUGCUGCCCUGCGCACGGUCACCUCCAAAGAGAUGCCUCCCGUCAACGACAAAAAGGUGCUGUCUUCGAGUUGGCACUCAAUACCAGCGGGGUCCAAACUUCUUCGAACGGAAGCAAAAAGGGGUGGUAUCAAUUUGUUUGUUUUUGGCCUCUUUAGAGGGAUGCAAGACUUUGUGGAACUUGCCAAGCAGCUAUGGCAUCCUUUUGACGAACUGAGGAAUUUGCCAGACUGUAUGGUGCAGUGUAUUUUUCGAUGUUUGAAAAACAGCCCAGCAGAAAUGACCAGGCGUCGAAUACAGACGUGGCGGCUUUGGAGCAGUUGGGAAAGAGAACUUCGACAGAAAGAGAUAGAGCUGCACCGGAGUUUACACCCUAAAGUCGCACAAGUUUUGGCUGGUAAGCGUUUACUCCUUUUUGAGAAGCUUGCUACAAGCAUUGGGUGGCCUGACAAGAACUUGCACUGUGAGCUAAAGGAGGGUUUCAAACCUACAGGAUAUCUUCCUCCUUCUGGUGUUUUCAAGACAGAAGUGCGACCUGCAGCUUUUGGCAAACAGGAGCUUAUGCAGGACAGCAAAUUUCUCAGGCCGCUUUUGCUUGGGAAGGUGAAAUCUUCGAGUGGUACAGACCAGUACGCAAAUGAGCUUUUUGACAUUACUGUAAAGGAAGCCAUGGACAAGAACUGGUUAGAAGGCCCAUUUGACGUGACCGACAUUGACAACAUGUUUGACUGUUGGUUACCCGUACGAAGGUUUGCAGUUUUUCAACGUGGCAAGGUGCGGCCUAUUGACGAUAUGAAGGAGAACAAGCUGAACCAAUCUUUCAGCUGCGGCGAGAAGAUAGACUUACAGGCUCUUGACCAAUUGGUGUGGAGUCUCCAGGUCAUCACAAGGUUCUGUCUGCAUGGAGGUGAAUUGGAUUUUGUGUUGAGUGAUGGCGAGCGCUUGAGAGCGCCGGUACAUCAAGCCUGGAGGAGUGUCGAUGCGAAAUUGACUACAACAGCCUUUGAUUUGGAGAGCGCUUACAAACAGCUUGCGCUACAUCCUAGCGAAUAUGAUUGCACUGUUGUCACUCUUCGUAAUCCUUCUUCCAACAAACCUGCAUGCUUCUUGAUGCGGACACUCCCAUUCGGGAGCACAGCAAGCGUGCUACACUUCAAUCGUGUGGCACGACUGAUAUGGCGGCUUGGCGUUGAGCUUGAUCUUUGGUGGGCAAAUUAUUUUGACGAUUUUCCUUGCAUCGCCCAUGGCUGCCAACUUGCUUCCACGAAAUCCAGCGUGGAGUGUCUUUUCAAGCUUUUGGGUUUCCGUUUUGCGCAUGACAAGCUCGCCCCUUUUGCUGAGAGGUCAGAGAUGCUUGGUAUCAUUCUGGAUACGUCCAAACAUGGAUGCGUUGUGAUCGACAACAAGGACACUAGAAAAGCUGAGCUUGCUGCCGAGAUCAGAAAGAUCCUGGAGAGCGGGAACAUGGAUGUUGACACUUUACCUUCAGUUUUGGGGCGAGUUCAAUUUGCAGAAAUGAGAAUAUCUGGAAGGCAGGGCAAACUUGCGCUGGCUGACAUCAGGGAGUGGGAACGGUCUGCAAAGAUACAGAAACAGCUUGCGCUUGAUCCUGUCUCAAUGGAGGCCUUUAAAACCUUGCUUGCUAGGGUGACCUCAGGUAAACCCCAACAACUUUCUGCAGAUGUGCCUGAGCGGCCCGUCAUUAUUUUUACUGAUGGUGCGGUCGAGACCAACGAAAGUGGAAAUGUGGAAGCGACAAUUGGAGGAGUUCUCAUUUGCGACAAUACGGUUCAGAUGUUUGGGAACCGAGUGGAUGACGAUGUUUUGAAAGACUGGAUGACCGAGCUCAACCACCCUGUCGGCUUGACAGAACUGUAUGCUGUGGUGGUGGCCUUGGGUCUUUGGAAAGACGUGAUAGCUGGUCGCCGUGUUAUUUGUUUUUGUGAUAACUGGACGGCUAUUGAUGUCUUCGUCAAGAGCUCGUCCCCAAUUAAGUGGUGGAGACGAUUGCUGCUGGCACUUGAGAAAAUAGAUGAGAAUCUCAACUGUUUGCUUUGGAUGGCACGUGUUGCCUCGCCGAGUAAUGUUGCUGACCCUCCAAGCAGAGGACGAUGGGAUCAAGUGGAAUUCAUGAAACCUUUUGUUAUUCGACACCCGAGGUGUCCGAUUACUGGAAAGGCUCUGGAACGUUUGUAA